AUGGCCUUAUCAGACAGAGAUACCGAUGAUUAUUGUUACCCUGAUCCUUGCCAAAACAAUGCAACUUGUGUCGAUGGCGUAGAUGACUAUACGUGUAAUUGUACGGCUGGCUACUAUGGCAAGAACUGUUCCCAAAAUAUCGAUGAUUGUUACCCUGAUCCUUGCCAAAACAAUGCAACUUGUGUCGAUGGCGUAAAUGACUAUACGUGUAAUUGUACGGCUGGCUUCUAUGGCAAGAACUGUUCCGAAAAUAUCAAUUAUUGUUCCCCUGAUCCUUGCCAAAACAAUGCGACUUGUGUCGAUGGCGUAAAUGACUAUACGUGUAAUUGUACGGCUGGCUACGAUGGCAAGAACUGUUCCCAAAAUAUCGAUGAUUGUUCCCCUAAUCCUUGCCAAAACAAUGCAACUUGUGUCGAUGGCGUAAAUGACUAUACGUGUAAUUGUACGGCUGGCUACUAUGGCAAGAACUGUUCCCAAAAUAUCGAUGAUUGUUCCCCUGAUCCUUGCCAAAACAAUGCAACUUGUGUCGAUGGCGUAAAUGACUAUACGUGUAAUUGUACGGCUGGCUACUAUGGCAAGAACUGUUCCCAAAAUAUCGAUGAUUGUUCCCCUGAUCCUUGCCAAAACAAUGCAACUUGUGUCGAUGGCGUAAAUGACUAUACGUGUAAUUGUACGGCUGGCUACUAUGACAAGAACUGUUCCGAAAAUAUCGAUGAUUGUUCCCCUGAUCCUUGCCAAAACAAUGCAACUUGUGUCGAUGGCGUUAAUGACUAUACGUGUAAUUGUACGGCUGGCUACUAUGGCAAGAACUGUUCCCAAAAUAUCGAUGAUUGUUACCCUGAUCCUUGCCAAAACAAUGCAACUUGUGUCGAUGGCGUAAAUGACUAUACGUGUAAUUGUACGGCUGGCUACUAUGGCAAGAACUGUUCCCAAAGUAAAUUUUCAGAUAUCGAUGAUUGUUCCCCUGAUCCUUGCCAAAACAAUGCAACUUGUGUCGAUGGCGUUAAUGACUAUACGUGUAAUUGUACGGCUGGCUACUAUGGCAAGAACUGUUCCCAAAAUAUCGAUGAUUGUUACCCUGAUCCUUGCCUAAACAAUGCAACUUGUGUCGAUGGCGUUAAUGACUAUACGUGUAAUUGUACGGCUGGCUACUAUGGCAAGAACUGUUCCCAAAAUAUCGAUGAUUGUUCCCCUGAUCCUUGCCAAAACAAUGCAACUUGUGUCGAUGGCGUAAAUGACUAUACGUGUAAUUGUACGGCUUGCUACCUUGGCAAGAACUGUUCUCAAAUUGAUCCUUGCUGUACUGAUCCGUGUGAAAACGAUGGACAGUGUUUCGUUGAUGACAACUACGAUUUCUUCUGUGUCUGUCCAAUUCCUGAAGCCUACGAAGGAAAAAAUUGUAGUAAACCAGGUUGUCCUCUGGCUACAGCGUUGGCCACUUGGCUCCGCGACCUUGAUUUUCUGAACUAA